AUGGAGCUCAAGGCUCCUGCGCGCUCCAUGAGCCUUCUUUCGCAGCGCACCCCCCGCAGCGCUGCGCCGCAGCGCCGCGCCGCGCCUGCUGCUGUGCGCAGCAUGCAGACGCUCGACUUUGCCGGCUCGCCUGAAAAGGUGUACGAGCGUGUCGACUGGCCGCUUGAGAAGCUUCAGGACUACUUCAAGAACGAUACGUUUGCUCUCCUCGGCUACGGCUCGCAGGGUCACGGCCAGGGUCUUAACCUGCGUGACAAUGGCAUGAACGUCAUUGUCGGUGUCCGCAAGGACGGCGAGUCUUGGCGCCAGGCUGUCGGCGAUGGCUGGGUCCCGGGCAAGAACCUAUUCACCGUAGAGGAGGCCGCUACAAAGGGCACUAUUCUCAUGAACCUGCUUUCCGAUGCCGCGCAGACCGCGACGUGGCCAGAGCUGAAGAAGUACGUUACCAAGGGCAAGACACUCUACUUCUCCCACGGCUUCUCCAUCGUCUACAAGGACCAGACAAAUGUUAUCCCGCCCUCUGACGUAGACGUGAUCUUGUGUGCACCCAAGGGCUCGGGCCGCACCGUGCGCACCCUCUUCAAGGAGGGCCGCGGUAUCAACUCGUCCGUCGCCGUCUUCCAGGACGUGUCUGGCCAGGCACUUGAGCGCGCGAUCGCUAUGGGCAUUGCGAUCGGCUCCGGCUACCUGUACGAGACCACCUUCCAAAAGGAGGUGUAUUCGGACUUGUACGGCGAGCGAGGCUGCCUCAUGGGCGGUAUCCAGGGUAUGUUCAAGGCCCAGUACGAUGUACUCCGUGCCAACGGGCACUCGCCGUCUGAGGCAUUCAACGAGACCUGCGAGGAGGCGCUUGAGUCGCUCUACCCGCUCGUUGCGCAAAACGGCAUGGACUACAUGUACAAGGCAUGCUCCACCACCGCCCGCCGCGGCGCUUUGGACUGGGCACCCGAGUUCGAGAAGGCCUGCCGCCCCGUGUUUGAGCGCCUGUACAAGAGUGUCAAGGACGGCGAGGAGACUCGUCGUGCUCUCGGGUUUGGCAACCGCCCGACGUACCGCGAGGACUACGACAAGGAGACGGACGCUAUUGCCGACCAGGAGAUGUGGCGCGUCGGCCACGUUGUCCGCAGCCUGCGUCCCCACCGUAGCCAAGAGUAA